CCGGGCGCGGAGCUGCCGCCGGCUCGGGGGUGUGAGCGGCCGGGCCGGGCAGGGCAGGGCUCCCCCAGGAUGCUGCGGUUCCUGCGCAGGACCUUUGGCCGGCGGUCGAUGCAGCGCUACGGGCGAGGAGCCGGGCGCGGAGCCGGGCGCGGUGGGCUCGGCGGCGAGGGGGACGAGCGGGACGGGGGGCUGCGAGGAGCCGCCGCCGCCUCCGUCGUCGUCGGCGGUUCGGGAGGUUUCCCCUCCUCGCCGCACCCCGGCGGGGUGGUGCACGGCGCCGGAGCCCCCGUCCACAUCCCGGCGGCCGGCGGCAGUAAACCCGCGCUGCAGUGCCGCGUCCUCCUCCUGGACGGGACCGAAGUCAACGUGGAGCUGCCGAAAAAUGCAAAGGGACAGGAGUUGUUUGACCAGAUUGUGUAUCAUUUGGACCUUGUGGAAACUGAUUAUUUUGGCCUACAAUUCAUGGAUGCUUCCCAGGUUACACACUGGUUGGACCAUUCAAAAUUCAUUAAGAAGCAAAUAAAAAUUGGACCUCCGUACACGUUGCAUUUUCGAAUUAAGUACUAUUCAUCAGAACCGAACAACCUUCAUGAGGAGUUUACAAGGUACCUGUUUGUAUUACAGCUCCGGCAAGAUAUUCUUUCAGGGAAACUGAAAUGCCCGUAUGAAACUGCUGUUGAACUAGCAGCUCUGUGUCUUCAAGCUGAGCUGGGAGAGUGUGAGCACCCAGAGCACACACCAGAACUCGUGUCUGAAUUCAGGUUUGCACCAAACCAGACCGAAGCAAUGGAAUUUGACAUUUUUCAGAAAUGGAAAGAGUGCAGGGGAAAGAGCCCAGCGCAGGCCGAAUUGUGCUACUUGAACAAAGCUAAAUGGCUAGAAAUGUAUGGUGUAGAUAUGCAUGUAGUUAAGGGAAGAGAUGGUUGUGAAUAUGCUCUUGGACUGACACCAACAGGCAUAUUGAUUUUUGAAGGAGCCAACAAAAUAGGCUUAUUCUUUUGGCCUAAAAUCACAAAAAUGGACUUUAAAAAGAGCAAACUAACACUUGUGGUUGUAGAAGAUGAUGAACAGGGCAGAGAGCAAGAGCACACAUUUGUUUUCCGGUUAGACAGUGCCAAAACGUGCAAACACUUGUGGAAGUGUGCAGUGGAGCACCAUGCUUUCUUCAGAUUGCGAGCCCCAGCAAAUAGUAAAUCUAGUAGAUCCGACUUCAUAAGGCUGGGAUCACGCUUCAGAUUCAGUGGGCGGACAGAAUAUCAAGCAACACAUGGGACAAGAUUGCGUAGAACGAGUACAUUUGAAAGAAGGCCCAGCAAACGGUAUCCUUCUCGAAGGCAUUCAACUUAUAAGGCAAACAAUCCUGUGAAAGCCGCACAACUGUGUGCUACAAAAACUCCCGAAGUCCAUAACUACCAGCCACAGUAUCAUCCUAAUAUACAUCCUGCUCAGCCACACUGGCAUCCACAUACACCUGUGAAUGUAAGCUAUCCCUUGAACAACAGUGAUCUGCAUCAGUUCAACAUUGAGGAGAAUGGUGGAGCACCAUAUACCACAAAAAUGCCUGCAAGGCACCACCACCACCACCGUCAUCACCACCACCAUGGGAAUUACGGCCCCCUUGCUCCCGACAGCAAGGACAUUGUUUCUGGAGUUCCAAACCCAAACAAACUGAGCUCAGGACUUCCCCUUCUUUAUGAUGAAACUUCUCAUCUGAAGAAAAUAGAAACGGAGAGUGUGAAGGUAGUUGGACCAUGGCCAGCCCUGCACGUCAGCAUGAACAAGGGUGAAGACAAGAAAGUAGCUGAAAAGACUCUUCAUGCCCCUGUGUCACCUUCAGCUGUACCUGACCAUAUGAAGUGCAACAUCCUUAAAGCUCAAGUGGAAGCUGCUUUUCGAGUAGGCACCCAGGCUGUGAAAGAAGAGACCUCUUUUGUAAAUCCCAGUAAGACCUCCAGCCUGCAGGACCCUAAUGUAAGAAGUCCAGCCCCAGUGCGACCCGAAACUACGCCAUCAACUGGCCCUACAGAAAAGCAGGAUAUUAAAGUUUCUCGUGUGAGGAAGUUAACGAGGCAGUACAGUUUCGAUGAAGAUGACCUUCCUCCAGCACUGGCAGCAGCAGCAUCAACACCUGUGUCUUCAGCAUCUCCCGGGUCACAGAAAACAUGUACGCCACAGACAUCAGAAGGACAAACACAGGUUUCACCUGGUGGCAAGAGUUCCACAGAUGCGGGAAGUACAUUUGCUUUGGAGCCAGGUGACCUCCUGAUGGAUUUCACAGAGGCCACACCUAUGAUAAAGACAUUCCCUGCUGAUACAUCUAAUCCUUUUUUCGAUCCUUUUACAACAGUACCACAGUUUUCUGCAGAAUUUACAGACAGCAAAUUACAAUGCUGUGCAGUGCAGUCAUCUCCUAAGGUAACGCCGGUAACUCCAUCGCCCGUCCUGAGAUCUUUGGCAGAGACUGUACCAACUCCAACGGUCCAGACAAUAUAUACGUCACAUAAACCCAUUUCGCUGGCAGACAGAUGUUGGUUUAAUUGCACCUGCACACUUGUUCAGCAAUGUUAACUCAUCUAAAAAUUUAUCACCCCGGUGAAAAUGUAAUUCUGAAGCUGCAGUGCUGAGCUCAGCUUCUGUAGGAUGUCUCGAGCGCAAACGGGUGAUUCCACCCCUGCUUGUUCGUGAAUGGACUGCAAGGUUCCUGCACUGCAGUUUAAAUCUCUGAAAGGCUUUACAAACAUUAGAUACUUAACUCUUGGAACAACACAGUAAACUGGAUUUUUUACUUAUACUAUUUAUUAAGAAACAGGAUUACUAAUCCAGGGCAUUCCCGGUGCUGCCGAGCCUGUGGGCUCCGGAGCGAUGCGCUGUGUGAGAGCAAGGACUUCAGGCUCUGCUUCCCGGACCCUGGUGUGUUCACACACAAAGUAGGACUGUAGUAAACUCAGCACAUAUUGACAGCCCCCAGUAACAAACCAUCCUGAGGAGCAGGCGGCUGUGACACCGGUCUUUUGUGAUGGCAUUUCUGUAGCUGUUUCAUUUUGAGAGUCCUAGUCCAGAUUCCUUUGAAAUCGGUAGUCUUUAACAGGGGUGAGAUUAAAUCAUGAACUGUUUUGCCAUGUGGGUCUUUUUAUGUACUUUUUCUUGUUUGCUCUUCAGAAAUAUCAAGUGGUACUUGUUUUUGAAUCAGCCAUCAGUUAUCAGCCUUUUUGCUGAAUCGAGUCUGGCCUUUUUUCCCCUACUUUGGUAUUUUGAAAAUGUUAAUUAUUUUAAAUUGAAAUCUGAGACUUAUUGUUGUUCCCAUAAUUGGCUGUUUGUGCAUUAAUUACACAGCGCUGAGACUCUGAGGCGUGAACUUGAGAGAGAGAAAAUGAUGAAAAGACUCUUGAUGACAGAAUUAUGAAAUUCGCACUUCCGUCAGAUGGAGAAUGGAUUGGGGCCUUUCAUGUGCCUUCUGUCUGUUUACAUUCCUCUGCUUCUGUGUACUCAACAUAAUACAUCGGGAAAACGUGUGAUAUUCCUGGCUCGCCUGGAUUCACCGUGGUUGGUUAAAAUUAAGUCUCAGCUAGACUUUAACUUGAAGGAGUUCCUUUAUUCAUUUGCUGCUGGGAAAUAAACCUUCAAUCCUUUAUCUCUCCUGAGAUUUUAUACUAUUAACACAAUUAAUUUCAGGUUUGGUUUUGGUAAAUCUAGGGCAAAAAGGAUCGGCAAGGAGCUUACUGAUUUCUAUUGGGAAACACUGUUCUGUACAUAUGUUAAUAAGUGCACAGAAAUUAAUGUUAUGCAGAAUAUUUUGAUAGUAACAUAGAAAAUAUGUCAUUUUGUACAACUGAAAAUUGCAAUGAGCUACUGCUAUUUGUUAAAGAAGCAUUUUUAAAGCAGAAGAAUGAUUAUUACAUCCUAACCCCAGGACUGUUAGUCUCCACAGAAAAAUAAACAGCUGUCUUAUUAAAUUCCUAACCUUAACCUUUACUCAGAGAUAUAUAUAGCUGCAAGGGGGAAAGACACCCCACCAUACAGGUAUACGCACCCAACACUCCCUAUAGUUUGUCAUCUUGACCUAAACCUUCAACUAAAUCUUACUGUAUUUCCAUUGAUGAAAAAAAAAUCAGUUGUUUAAAGUAAUUUGCUACUGACUUUCUAGCUUGAUACUGACUUUUUUUAACUAAGUGAGAAGUUUCACCUUCUCCAGAUUGCCUAGACAUUAGGGUUCACCCACACUCGGACAGCUUCUGCCCCCCCAGCACUGAAGGUUGCAGAGCCUCAGCGGUGUGGACGUAGCUUGCACAGGGAGGACUUCUUUCCUUCCUGGCUAGAUAAACCACCUUCCUGACUGACGUGAAUUGAUUGAUCACUUUAAACAAUAAUAACAACGAUAGUUUAUGGCACAGCUGUGUCUAUACCCACCUUGUCACUCUGCUAAUCAGCAGGUGUGUACUGGCAGAGCUGUGGAGGGCACGCCUGGCUAUAUGUCCCGUUCACCUCCAGCACGCAAGCAGCCUCUGCCUUCAGUGGAGAUCUCUCAGGCAUCAGGCGGGGUGUGUGGUCCAGCCCUGGCUGAACCCCAGCCCCAGGGAGGGUGUUUAUGGUAUACAGGUAACAUUACCAACUAUUUCCUAUUAAAAAAAAAAAAUAUGAAGAAAGAAGUUCUCCAUUUCCCCCUGUUCAGUAGUGCAGGGUCAUCUAGAAAGCUACCAACAACUGACUGUCAGCUACAAGGUACUUUUCCAACAGGAAAGCUUUUGUGCGUUUUGUAUGGCUGAAGAUGUAUAUUUUUCUGUUACUCUGUACACUAUGUUCUCUUGUUUGCAUUAAGAUAAAAGAUUGCCCUUCGUUUGAUACUGAAUAUGAUGGCUUUAUCUCAGCUUAAGCAGUUUGUGUGGAGGCUGGGAAGUGAUUACUGUGAGACCGGAUUUCCUUCAGAGUCAGCUUGUGCUCUUUUUCUGGAAUGAGAGGUCUUGAGAGCGCUGUAGGACUGUGGAUUGCAAUGUGGAGGUAUGAAAUGACUUGUCUAUUUUAUAUUUACUGGGAGAAGAAAUUAGCAUUAGGCUCCCCAGUUAAAUCCACCAAACUCAAACCGUUCUGGUUGCCGUAAAAUAGGGCAAAAUAAACAGCAGAAGUAUUAGGUGGAAGCUCACAAUACAAAAUGGAAUGAAGUAGCUCAACAUGAGCAAUGGGCACAAGGAGCCAUAGACACACAUCUGGACGGCAGAUUUCAGAACUCUCAGGUGACUUUGCUGGGUAAUCAGAUAUGACUUAUACACUGUUCACCUUCUGUUUACAGUGCCAAGACACUUCUGUUCCUUAUGUUUUAAUGUACUGCUCCAUUAAGAUUAUUAAAAAGGUUAUUAAAAAUAGAUUAGGAACAUUAAACCCCUAUGAAGAAAUCAGAAACGAAGGGAAAAUGCAGCAGAUGCAAAAGACUGCAUCUUCCAUGUCCUGUUCCUCUUUUCUGACCAAUUCCCAGAAGGUACUGGAGGAAAGAGAUGCACAUUUUGUCUGCAGCCAAGUAAUAGUGAACAUCGUGAAGAACAAAUAAAAGAAAAUUGUAAUUAGAGGUGCCAUUUUGGGAGAGGAAAGCAGAGUAAGGUUGAGAAUGGCACAGCACUGACUCCAGCUGUGCCUGGUCUGCUGCCUGCUGUUAGGCAACCUCCAUCUGUGUGUGAACUGGCAGGAGUUUCACAAAGUCAUUACCAAGGAAAAUCAGAAAGAACAGACCUGAACACACACUUCAGUUGUACUGAUUGCCAUGGAGUGGACUUUGGGAGCCCUGCGAGGGGCCUUCAGGUUUGGGAGCAAACAGAUCCAAUCACCUGCAUUAGGGCAGUCUGGUCACAUAAGCCAAAGGCUUUAGCAGAAUUGAAAGCCUGACUCAGACCAGCCCAUCAGACGUUCUGGCUCGUAAACAAGCAUUAUUAUUUUGAAUGCAGCAUUUUGCUCCCAUUGUAUUAAAAUUCUUCAGCUGAAAUAUUCAGAACUGGAAAACAAGGUUACUUUACAGUGGCCAGGUCUUUACAGCUGAGGCGUGCUCUGGUGCAGCCAAGAAAGAGCAGGAACUCCUCCCUCCUUGGUUCCCACCAGGAGAAGAGGGAAAGGCUCGUGUGGCCACUUAGUUCCUGUGGGACAUUUUCCACAGAACAACCCCAGGUAUGUUGCCUUGUCUUGUUGUAGUGUCUUAUCCACUGGCUGCCACUGUUCCCUAUCCUGCAGUCUAAUGGAGCAUUUUAAAAACUGUUUUACUGACAUUGAACUAAACUUUUAACUGUGGAUUGUCAUCCCCUUGUUCUUUCUUACUCUGUACCUUCUUCAGCCACGCUUAAGCCUCUCAGUUUUCACAUCCUCUGAAUAAACACUCCUGCCUCACCUCUGGUUGGGAAUUACAGUGUUAGGACACCUGUUACCCCAAACUACUGUAAACAAGACAACGUCAACAGGAACAAAUGCUGAGGGGCAGGUGGUCUAGAUUUGCCCCUAGACUUUAACUUUACAGGUGUGAAAGGAUACUCUGCCCGAGGGUAUGUCUAUAUAAUAGCGCAGAAGUAUCUGAGCAGCUAGCUUUAAUGAGCUUGCGUAUGUAGUUGUGGCAGCAUGAAGCCCAGCACAGGCUAUCAUUAUCAUGUACAUUGACACGUGUAAAGAUAACACAUUUGAACAGCAGCCUUCUGAAGCAUGGACUCCAGAGCUGGUGACAGGAAAGGGUGGCUGAAAGGCCUUUGUCUCUUCGGCUCUCCUGGGAAAGGGUUCAUCUCACUUAAUGUUAAUAUGCCCAACUCUCACCUGAUGAGAGAUCAAAGGAACUGCCUUCCAAAGGUGCCUCUGACUUAAAUGUCUACUUUUAUAUUGUUUAAAGUUAAGUGAGACGAAUCCUGCUCUCCGUCCCUCUGGUUAGGUCUGCCUUGCAAACCCUUGCCGACACGGCUACAUCAUCCAGGGGUGCUUUGAGGUAUGAUUUGUGAUUGACGUCGCUCUGCCAGCAACAGCCUUGCGCGUUAGGUGUAAAUAUACCACCAGAAACACCCUGUUGUCACAACAGCUUUUAGCCCUUGUGGGAAGAACAGAGAGCUGGGACAAGUGGCGUAAGCACAGAGGCAUCGUUACGGCUGUGCCCAGCCUGGGAGGAGCUGGGUGAUGAAACCUCCUGCUGUAGCCACGCUGGCAAAGCCUUUCAGGGGUGGUCCUGGCUUCCAGCAGUGCCCCGAGUGAUGCUCUGACCGGAGCAGCAGAUCCCAGCUUUCCGCCGUGAAGUCUCUAAGUGGCAGAAUGCAAUGUUGUCAUGUUCGGGUGAUUCCAGCAAAAUUUAUUGGCCAUUUAAAUAGCUAUGCAAGGAGUUAAAUAUUUUCUCAUAUUGCAGUCUCUUAUGGAAGCCAACCAAUUGUGCUUUGUUUCUGUGUGGUUCAGCUGUUUUCACUAUUUCGUUUUAAAGGGAAUAACCGGGUUUUCUUUAGACAUGUUGUUUGAGAUCCCACAUCUCUAUCAGAUCCCACCGUGUGUGCAGAUUUUUCACGUUUCAAAUGUACUUAGACCCUGGAAGUGCAAUGUUUGAAAAUUAACUCCUCUGAAGUUUCAGUUCGUGGCUUCACAAGUCUCUUGCAACAGGAUGCCUACGUGCCGAUUUGAAACAGAGCUGGCAACGCAGUGAAAUGUUUCAUUGGAGGCAGCAUCAUGUUUUGUUUGAACUGUUUACAAAUAUCCUUUGGUUUUCUUUCUUCUUUUUUUUUUUUAUUUUUCUGAAUACAUUUCUGGUUCAUUGGCUACAAAAACCUACUCGUAAUUAUGCAAUGGAAUACUGUUUCUUUCUUUUUCUUUUCUUUUUUCUUUCUUUUUUUUUUUUUAAUGUCCUGAUGUUCAAGGAGUUUGCAAUAAAUAUACUGAGGCUGAUCUGUAAUUGCAUGUAAGAUCAGCCUCACAACUGUGUUUUGUAAAGUUAAGUGCCGUAAAAGAGCCUGCAGAUGACGUGGAGAAGGAGGGGAGGGAGAAAGUAAGUGGAGGAGAAGGCUUCUUUGGCAGCUGCGGCUUUGACUGGUGGGAAGCAGCUUUAAAGUAAGAUUGCUCACACCAUUUUGUUUCAUCUGAGUAGCAGCGUGUAUCAUCAGACGGUGUAUGAUGGCAUUUUGUUGAAAACACGCCUAGAGAGACACUUUUACGGCUCAGCUGUUUACCUGUUCCUGUAUUCAUGCCUGCAAUAAAUAAGAUGAAAAAUGCA